CAUGACACUGUUGCGCAGUUUCAUCUAGAGUUCAAGGUACCAUACACAGGUUUGGUUUGGUUUGGUUCACUGGGCUCUCUAUCAUUCAUCUCCACAGCUGGUGACCGCUCUGUUUGUCUGCACAGGGGUCUUUUAAAGAUCAGAGACCAUGGGAGAGUGGGGUUUUCUGUCCUCUCUACUGGACAAGGUCCAGUCCCACUCCACCGUCAUCGGGAAGGUCUGGCUCAGUGUGCUUUUUAUCUUCAGGAUCAUGAUCCUUGGAGCUGGAGCAGAGAAGGUGUGGGGUGAUGAACAGUCGAAUAUGAUUUGCAACACCAAACAGCCUGGUUGCAAGAACGUCUGCUAUGACCAAGCCUUCCCAAUCUCACACAUUCGAUUCUGGGUCCUCCAGAUUAUCUUUGUGUCAACUCCAACGCUGAUCUACCUCGGUCACGUCCUCCACAUUAUCCACAAAGAAAAUAAGAUGAGAGAACAUGUCGUGACCCACUCCAAGAGUGGAAUUGUCAAAGUUCCAAAGUACUCCGACAACAAAGGCCACGUCAAGAUAGAAGGCGACCUGCUGGGAAACUACAUGACCUCCAUAUUUUUCAGAAUCCUUCUGGAGGUAGCGUUCAUCGUGGGGCAGUAUUAUCUGUACGGGUUCAUCAUGGACCCAAGAGUCGUGUGCACCCGGGCCCCCUGUCCCUUCACCGUAGAGUGCUACAUGUCCCGACCCACAGAGAAGACCAUCUUCAUCAUCUUCAUGCUCGUAGUGUCCUGCAUCUCUCUCCUACUCAACGUAGGGGAGAUCUUCUAUCUGGCGUGUUAUCGCUCAUGCAGACGAAGGUCUAAAACAAAGGCGGCUGCUUCUAUCGCCCUUCACCCGCGUUUAAACGGCGACCCACUGAUGAAACACGAGAAGUUCGGCCUCCAUGACGCAAGUCACAGCACAGCCUGAAGAAGGCUUUAGAUCCAGUGUGCAAAAUGGAGACAGGCGCAUAGUUACCAAGACAACAGGAGGGCGAAUACAAAUGUUAUUUAUUUAUGUGAUGCUAAAAUAAAUCCUGAAAGUGAUGCAAAUUUGGUAACGUAUGUGUAGACUAUUUAUGAAAAUGGAAAAAUGUACAAGAAUAAUUGAAUAUAAAAAGGUACUGUAUCCUGAAGCAGACUUUUAAAGAUUGUACAAAACGUGAGCUUGAGUGAUUUGUUUCGCUCUAAAGCAGUGUGUACAGUAAGAGCUGUUAGUGAUACUUUGCUUAUCAGUUUUUUUUUCUAAAUAUUAUUCAAUUUGCAGGCAUGACUUUUAGGACUGUAAAUAUUUUAAUAACAAAUCAUUCCUUUUUUCAUGUUAUAUAUUUGAAUAUGAAUUUGUAACUGACUUUCAAACUGCAAUCUCAGCUUUUGUUUCAUGAUUCAUCACUGUUUUGGGUUUCACUAAAAUCACAUUUAACAUACUGUAAAUCACUCAUUUAGAUACAUAAAAAAAAUGAAAACAACGAAAUUACAAAAUGUGUACAUUGUUAUUACACUCUUCUGGUGUAAAAUCUCCUAUCGUGGCAAUUUGACUUGUAAUCAUACAAGUAAAAUAACAACUACAUUUUCUGGAAAUUCACUCGAGGAACUGGUGUCGC